UGUCUCACAUCGGACUCCAGUUCUGGUGUCAGAGACUUCAUAGCCAGACAUUACCCGCGAGUGAAGCAAACGAAUCCCGAUCUUCCAGUUCUUGUACGCGAGGCCACAGGAAUUGAGCCCAAAGUGUGGGCACGCUUUGAAUACGGUCGCGAAUCCAAUGCCUCUCUCGCGGGACUCAAUGGAGACCAAGUGUUGCAACAAAUCCAAGAUAUCCUCAAAUCAGACAAAUCAUAGCUCUUCUCAAGUGUCACACAUUUAGACUAUUAUUCAAUUGAUUUAGACC